AUGGGUCGCUGGGGUUGGCGUCUUUUUGAAAGCGACCAGGACCUGGACGCCGCCUGCGGUCUGGCAGAACGGCUGGGGUUUGAAAUGGACAACUGGGAGCCCACAAUGAGUUCAAUGGUGCACCAGACCGACAUGCUAGCUGGCGCGGCGGCACGUGAGUUCUACAAGACUGAAGAGUACAAACAAGAGCUAGAGAGCGAGAUCGUGCCCUACAUCCGCGCAAAGCUCGAUACCGAAAACCUUGGCGACAGGCUCUUUGCUGCUGCUCGUACACAGGAGAACAAUCAAACGGUCCCUUGUACUAAAUACAGGACGAUCAUCUUGGGCGCGCUGAUGAUGCGGGCCGGCGCAAGGAUCAGGGCUGACGACUUGCAGCAUCUACGAGACCUGGUCCCACAGAUUCAGUGCAACUCGCAGUUUGUCUUGCCUCUCUUCGAUGAGGGCUUUCGGAGUCCCGGGAGGGCUCAGUUUCUCGCUGCUCUGGACCACUACCAGGCGGGCGUGCCACGCAACUAUCAGGAGCCAAGUGUGGACAGGUUAGGGGUGAUAUCGGCCAUGCCUUGGUUCAGUGUGCAAGAUGCCGUGUUGCCUACUAUUGCGACAAAGAGUGCCAGCGCCACCAUUGGCAGGAGCACAAGCCCAGCUGCGUUAACCCUGAGGAGCGCAGGAUGGCUAACGUCUAGAGGGAAUCUUUCUUCAUGUGAUGGCCUCGGUGCUGGUGAUAUGUCCCAGCCAAAGCCCGGCAAAGCCGGAUGCGUUCCGCCUGCGACAAUUGUGCCAAAGCCAAACUCCGUUGCUCGCCCUGUGUCCCAUGCACCAGGUGUCAGCAAAAAGGCCUUUCCUGUGAAAAACGCUCGAAAGCAAUCGACCGAUUCAGCAGAGCGCGAUGAUGGGUUUCCCGCAGGGCACCCGAAGUCCCCACCUGGCUUGAUCCAGGAGCAAGAAUCCCAAGAUGAUGCCAAUGGCGAGAUGAUGCCAGAACUAGUCCCUUUUUCAACGCCGCCGUUUUCAGUUGGCAAAGAAAACUGCGAAACUGCGCCAUCACCUCGUGAAAUGCAUGCUUCACAUGAUGCAUACAAUCAUAUCCGUAACUGGUUUCUUCCAAGUUGUACCCCACUUCAGGGGCUCAGCAUGGACUUUUUGGACUAUUCGAUGUUUCCUGUCAGUGAUCUCCAAUUUGAUCCAGAUGGUAUUUCAGAGCUGCAAGGCACCGCAGCUGGGCAAGUGAACGAACAUGUGCCUGCCAAUCAUUUCCUCAGAUGCGUCGGGCAUCCAACAGGGCCUGCACUCCCUGACCCUUCAGAUUCUUGGCAUACUUAUAGCGGGUCUGGGAUGGUUCAGGAGAAUCUCUGGAAUAAAUCUCGAUCGCCGGAAGCGAUCGAGCCCGACCAUUGUCCCAACAGAGCCGAUACUUCCCGUAAAGGGUCCCAAGGGCAUUCAAGAUCAGUGCUAAAUCUGCUAAGUUUGGGGAAUAUUCUGGCCAUGGAGGACCAUGGUCAUGUCGCCAAAGUUCAACCAAACCAAGUGGAGGAGUUAUCGUCUUUCAUCAAGGGACAGCAUCCGCGGACUUCAGUUUACCCCUCUUGCUGUAGAGAAUUGUUGGAGAACCCACAAGUUAUCAACGCCUUUGUUCAGCUUUACUUUGAACAUUUUCACUCCACCCUUCCUCUUCUUCACAGAUCAACAUUCAACGUGUCAGAAGUACCUCCGUUGCUCUUGCUGGCAGUUGCUACUAUUGGAAGUCGGUUCUCCAAGAUCUCACAGGCCCAUACACUAUCAACAGUCAUGGGUGAAAUACUGCGCAAGGCAAUCGAUAACAUAGUUGGAGAGAAUAUUCAUGAGACCAUUCAGAUCCCAUUCGCGCAGGCAGCAGUCUUGAAUCAAAUCCAGAUGGCCUAUCGUGGUUCACGACAGCUUGCUCUAAAGGCGCAGUUUCAAAGAUCCAUGUUGAUGACAUUGAUCGACUGCCAAUUCAGCUUAAACACUAGUGUCCCACCAAUGAUGAGCUUGGAGGACCUUGACCCAUGUUUGCCUUGUCACGAGACAUUAUGGGACCUGGGUAUGGCGAGCCUAUCGGAGGAAUUGACAAAUUCACACGAGUGCAGGCAACCAGUGAGACUCAGGGAGGCUUUGAAUACCCCGAAGCUCGCGGACAUACUAAGAUCGCGGGAGCUCGGGCUCUUUGCUCGAUCGAUCAUCAUGACGGCGGUAUUCUAUCAGUGGCACACGGCAACAAGUGUGGAUCGGUACAUUCUUCAGAGCGCUACUGAUGAUCACGUUGAACAAUGUCAAGCGCAGGAUCCUCUAUUGGGGAAUGAUCUGCAGGCAGGAUGUGCUGUCACUACCCCGGGGCCUCUACUUGCUCGAUUACAAUGCGCACAAUUGAGGACUGCAGCAUGCGAGGCCAUUAGCUCACUUUGCAAAGACAGCAACACCUGGCCGGCAAGUGACUCAUGCCACCUGAUGAAGUUGUAUCACCACAUUUCGAUAUUACUCAUCGUACCACUGCAACCUAUGUGCGACCACAUUGGGUGGACGAGCACGAAGGACUGUAUCGUGGCGGCUCGCGAAAAGCUCUGCUCCUGGCUACGGGCAGAUAUACAGAAUGCCCGGAGGGCCGUCAUGCACGCUAUUGCAUUGUUUUGUCUGGUCCGAAGGAGAAAGUCCGGAGCACACAGUGAGAACCAUCACCUGUUCGUCGCAUUCUUGACGAUCUGGACGUUCUUCUCGCUCGACCCCGUCGCGAGAUCGAAGGAUGGAUCCGGCGACGGGCAAUGGGGUGCGCCCGUUUGCUCCGUGGACUGGGACGGUCAAAUGGACUUGACUGUGCAGGAGACGUGGAUCCAAGCCCCGGGUCAUCCUACUCUUCGGGUCGCGGGGGUAGGGAGUCUGGAUGAGCCGAACGGCAUCCAUCGAAUCCUUGUAGAGACACAUUGCAUCCUCCUCUCGGACCGGAUGUGGGGGAUCGGCCAACUAUUCGCCGGCGUGCUCGAGGGCCUCAUUAGCCGGGGUACUGCGAUUAAUGUUAUUUGA